AUGGCAUCCAGGGAUGUGGCAGCCCUGCCAGGCUCUCCUUGGGGCGCCAUCCUGGAGGCCGUCAAGGCACAGAUUCCAUCCCUGGACUCGGAUUCCUCCUCGUCGGACUGCGAGGAAGAGGAGCUAUUCAUCUUCCAGCGAGACCAAACCGCUCUGAUUCCCGACCUGUCAGAGGAGCUGGCUGAGGACCCUGCCAUCGAUGGAGCUCCAUCCAGGAGCUGGGUGGCUGCAGCCAACACGGAUCCUUAUGAGGAGCCAGCUCCGGUGCCUGUGGAAUUCGCUGAGGAGUACGGGAGUGAGCAGAAGUCCGGCACCCUGGAUUCCUCCUCUCAGGAAGGAAGAGGCCCCCGAGGGCCUUUCCAGAGCCAUGGUGAGACCAGCUAUCUUGCCAGGAUCCCUGAGGAGAGCCCCACGUGGCAGGAAGGCAACCUAGAAGGCAUCUCCUUCAGCACCAGAGAGCCCCAGUGUCCUCCCAGGGGGCUUCAGGGAGAAGGCCCCACUUCCACCCAUGCAGAGGACACCCUAACAACAGAGGGUCCCAGCACCACCUUAUCAGCCCACCAGAGUUCCACUUCUGUGGGCCUCAGAGCCCUGCGACGGGAGAGGAGGAGGCUGAUAGAGAGAGACAUACUCCAUAAAGUGACCCAGGGGGCCCAGGCCUUAGCCUGCGGCGACCACACCCGGGCAAAGGAGACACCCCGACAAGAUCCAAGACCAGAGACGCCACCAGGGGGACCUCAAGCCAACCAGCCAGUGCUCUCCCUUCAGCAACUCGAAGAGUGGGAUUUAGAUUACAUCCUCCAGAAUCUGGCGGGACUAGAAGACCGGGGAGACAGCAUGCCUGGAGCCAUGUGGCCAGCAGCUGACCACCGCCAAGGCCCAGACCGCACUGUGCCUGACCAAGACCAGCUCAUGGAACAGCUUGCCCUCCUGUGUGCCACACAGUCAAGGCCAUCAUCCUCUGCUUGGAAGGUGCCUGCGGACAGACCCCACAACACUGAGGAGCGGGAGGCCAGCCACAGACGUGCUUUCACGAAGUCGGGCUUCCAGACCAAGCCCAGCCAGAAGCCAGCUGAAGGCAUGGGGCUCCAGGGCCCAGCAGAGCCACCAACUGUCUUCAUUGAUCUGAGGCAGCCCACUUCACCUGGCUGCCCAUCCAUGGCCAGCGCCAGCUCCUCUGACAGUGAAGAAGAUGCAGCAGCUUUGAGGGACCACCAGGGCCCAGUGGAGGGGGUGCCUCAGUGCCCCCAGCAACUCCGGGACCACACUGCAAAGAGCCAGCUGCUCCAGCAGCUCCAGGCCUUCCGGCAAAGGACACCUGCACCCGAGCUGAGCACUGGCGAGGGUCUCGGUGGCCAAAAGGGUCAGGCCCCCGAAGAUACAGCUGGAUCGGGAACCAGGAGGAAGCAACAUGUCAAACUCUGGGCCAAGGGGCAGUGCGUCCCAGCCACACUCUCAGGAGCAGAUGACAGUGAGGGAGGGGGAGGGGAUGCAGCCGGGGAGGGGGAUAAACCGACUGAGAUGCCGGGAGGCAGCGACACGGAGGAGGUGGUGUGGCCCGUGGAGGGCGUGAGCGAGCACCGGAAGGGGCCCAGCUAG